UUUGAGGUGGCAGCUCCACCUCCUUCGCCUUAUUUACAGAGCAACCAUAUGCUAGAUCUAAAAGGAGCAACCAUUCAAAAAAUGACCCUGCUGCUGGAGGGGAGUUGGGAGAGCAGCGGCUGAUGCUAACAGGAGCAAUGUGGCAGCUGCUGUGCAUAAAAGUGAUGGGGCCGAGGGUCUGCUGGGCUCACCAUGAAGUCGAGCGGGGGUGCUGCAUCCGACCUGGAGGAACUGGAGAGCGGCAGCAGCGAGAGCAGCUCCGGAAAAUCCCUGACUUCCACCGGAGCCCAAGGGAAGCGCAAGCGGAAGAGCCCUCGGCUGAGCGGGUUGAGCAAGCAGAGGCAAGCUGCCAAUGCCCGGGAGAGGGACCGAACCCACAGCGUGAACACAGCCUUCAGCACCCUCCGCACCCUCAUCCCAACUGAACCCGCAGACCGCAAGCUGUCCAAGAUAGAGACCUUGCGCCUGGCCUCCAGCUACAUCUCCCACCUGGCUAACAUGCUGCUCUUACAGCAGCAGCAGCAGCAGCAGCAGCAGCCACCGCAACAGAGCGAGAGCUUGGGGGAGGAACAGCUGCCUUCUAGGCAGCCCUGCUUGCAAUACCAGCCUCUCCUGCAGGGCGGUGGCACAGCAACAGCACCAAGACCAAUCUGUACCUUCUGCCUGAGCAACCAGAGGAAGCUGCACAGAGAAAAGGAGAAACACUUGUCUCUUUAAAAGCAUUGUGGACAUUGAUUCAGAAGAGAAGCUUGCACAAAUACUGGACUGGUUAUAGAACAGUUGUAGAUGCUGAGGGAAGCCGUCAUGUAACUCUGUACCCAUGGUACUGAAACGAGCAAUGCACCCCCAAUGUCAGCUUCAGAACAAACCCAUCUUUGGCCAUGUGAACGUAGCCACAGUCUUGCACCACAGCUCUGCUGUCAAAUCAGUUUAGCCAAAUGGCUCUGGAGGGAGAUGCAGCCGAACUGAGAGGAGGUUCUCCACUUAGGCCUGAAACUUGAGAAGGGCUGUCGAGUGACUCAGGCCAAUUCUUGAAACAGUGUGGGAUCUUUCUAAAUUUGUUCAUCAUUGAAGUGUGGAGCAGGGAAAGUUCCCAAGGGCCCUCUAAAUUUAUCUGCUCUCCUAGGUUACUCUCAAGUUGUGCCUGUAGAUUAUCACUGGUGCUAUCUGACUGCUGGUCAUCAUGUAAGCAUGCAAUCUUUAUUUUGAAUUAAGCUGAGCAAGUUUUGGGUUGUUGUUUUUUUUAAAGCCACUUUUCCAAACACGGGAAGAAUAAUAAAACAAAACAACAUUAGUUCACAGUAGAGGGGUUUCUAAAAUGGUCAGACAGAGCUUUCGUUAAGGAGACAUUUGCAUGUGUUUAGACUGAGAAUAAGAGGUGUGUGUGUGCUUGUGUGUGUGUGGAAACAUUUUCGCACUGUGGUAUGUCAUCUUUCAUAUCUAAAAGUAAUUAAUCCUACUCAGCUGGGAAGCUCGCUAGGUGACCUUGGGCCAGUCACUAUUUCUCAGUUUAACCUACCUCACAGGGUUGUUGUGAGAAUAAACUGGGGGUUGGAGGAGGAGAACCCUGUAUGUCACCCUGAGCAUCUCGGAGGAAAGCUGGGUUAUAAAUGUAAUAAAUAAAUAAACAAACAAACAAAUACCAA